UGGAACUGUAAUCAGACUUGUGUGGUUAUCAUAUCUAGCUCUGCCGCUGUGACGUGAGUCUGUUGCCCUCUUCAGUAUUGCUUCUUGAUAGUCUACCUGGUAACAAUGACACCAGAUUGUACGAUGGGCCUGGCCACGAAGUACUUGGCUCCUUUCCUGGUCGCCAACUGGCUGGACGUGACCCUGGCCUGCCUGGCCUUUCUGCUGGUGAAGCUGUUGCUGAGUCAACCCUCCAGGCCCGUCAGGACGGUCCAUAUAGUCUCCCGUCCGGAGCAGCUGGAGGACCAGGCCAAGAAAGGGAGAGUCAACGUUACAGUGUCUGGCGGCGUGGGCGACAGGGACAAGGACCUAGUCGCUUCCGACACACGUGAACCACUGUGGCCAGAGGACCUAACUCACGUUCACUACAAAUUCACAAAGGUGACGCCGGAGGAGAGCAUAGAGAAGUCGAGAGCGUUCUACGAGCUGAUGAAGCAGCGUCGUACUAUCCGCGUCUUCAGCUCUGACCCCGUCCCUCGCGAGGUCGUCGACAACGUCAUUAAAGCCGCAGGAACUGCCCCCUCCGGAGCGCACACGGAGCCGUGGACGUUCGUGGUGGUGUCGGACCCCGAGGUGAAGCAGCAGAUAAGAACCAUCGUGGAAACUGAAGAAGAGAUAAACUACACAAAGAGAAUGGGUACGGAGUGGGUGAUGGACCUGAGAGCCAUGCGGACAGACUGGGUGAAGGAGUACCUGACGGUGGCUCCUUGGCUCAUUCUGGUCUUCAAGCAGACCUACGGUCUCUUGCCAGAUGGUAGCAAGAGAACCCAUUACUAUCACGAGAUCUCGACUGCCCUGGCCGGCGGUAUUCUCCUCAGUGCUAUCCACAGUGCAGGCUUGGCGACUCUCACCUCGACGCCCCUCAACUGCGGGCCGUCACUGAGGACACUGCUGAAGCGUCCCAUCAACGAGAAGCUGCUGCUGUUGAUGCCACUCGGCUACCCCGCCCCCAACACCACAAUCCCCAACCUCUCCCGGAAGCCCCUAGACAAGAUCAUGGUGGUGGUGUAGCAGGUCGGAGGUGAGGGGAAUGUUCCACGUGCUGGUGGCCGACGGUGUCUCAAGAAUUCCAUGUUCCAUUGUUUGAAUUUGGAACUUCUGGGCAUGUUCAUUAUUUUAUGUAAUAUUAAUGUCAAAAGCUUCAAUAAUGUUAAUUCUAAUAAAAGUAACAUUAAAAAUGGCCCCUGAAUAAA